AACACGCGGGAAUAGUUCAGUUUGUCAAUGAAACGUCAGCGAGUGGGAGCCAAAGGCUUCUUUGCUGUAACCGAGUCAUUGGCACCAUUGUCCUAAGAAAAGAAACGGAGCAAAGAAUGAUAACAAAGAAAAAGAGAAAACAAAUUCAUGAGGAACCUGUACAGAAAAAGAAAAAGGUGAAGACUSUCAUUAAAAUUGAGGAAGAUGUUAAAACUGUCAUUAAUACUGAACAMAUUGACCAUCUUGAGAAAAAGACAAAGAUAAGGAAAGAAAAUAAGAAGAAAAGCAAGAAAAAGAAAGUUGAUUAUGAAUUACUCACAGAAGCUCAUUUAGAACGCUUUGUGAAUGUAAAAGGUCAUCUGGAUUUAGAACUUCAAGAGCAAUCAGAGGAACAAAUUAAAAUACUCAAAAAGAAGAAAAAAAAGGUCCAGUGUGAUUUCUCCUUGGAGGAUARUGACAAUAGUGAUUUGCAGCUUUCAAAUCAUCACACAGGUGAUACUCAGAAAAAUGAAUUCUCUUCCAAAAAAAAGAGAAAGCAUACUGGUUUGAAUUUGGAAUCAGAUGGCGAGGUAACAAAGAAAAAAAAGAAGAAAGGGAGCUUUUCAUUAGAGGACAUCCAKGACAGUGAACAAAAGCCAUCUGCAAAAGUUUGUGAAAAACCCCAAAAAUAYAUUUCACAAGAAGCAGUUUUUAUGGGUGAAAACUACAACACACAUGAUGCCCAGGAUGGUAGGGAGAAUUGUGUUGGAAGAAAGAAGAAGAAGAAAAAGAAAGAUAAAUCCAACUCCUCUUUAUCACUGGCAGRUAAUGAGGACAACACACAUCAAGUUCCUGGUAGCCCCAUGGCAUUAGGUGAUUUCAGAAAAAGGGAGAAACAUAAUUUCUGGGAAUUUACAUUGACAAACGUAAAGGAAGAGGACAAAAUUGAAAACUUAGAAAGUAUCAAAGAGAGGAAGAAGAAGAAGAGAAGCAAAGAUGUUUCGUCCUCAGCCUGUGAAGAUAAGCAAGACUGCAAUCACAGCAUUYGUGAUAAGCAUCUCCCAGCACAGCAAGAAAUCGAGUUUGAGGAAGGACARCUUUCUGGAAAAAAAAGCAGGAAGAAUUUCGAGGAUAAUAAUGAAGUCAGCAAGAAGAAAAAGAAGAUUAAGAAAAAGGAGAAGGGAAAAAUAUAUUCAGAAGUUCCUUUAAACAAUGACAGUGCCUCUAAAAGCCAAAAAAUACUGCUAGAAAGUGAUSAAAAGAACAAAGAGAGUGGACUGGAGCAAGCUCAGUGUGUCGAUGGGACAUUAUGCACUAGUAAUCCUCUGCUCUGUGACAGAAAAAGGAAAAAAAGAAAAAAGGUACCAGCACAGGGCUUGGCUGAAGAACCAGGUUCAAAAGCAAAKACAAAGCAUAUCAAAACUGAAUUAGCAGGGAGUGAGCCACCGGAACUUCUAGAUGGUGUAAUUAUUGUGCAGGAAAGAAAAGGAAACUGUGAUGAAAUUAACAUAGACAAGGUGAGGCGACAGGCUCUGCAAGAGGAAAUCGAUAGAGAAUCUGGCAAAACCAAGGCUUUCAGCUCCAAAGUGGSACAGGAUACAAAGUUUGGACAGUGGAGUACAGCUACUUUUAAAAGUUCUGAGGAAGAAAUGAAGUUUUUUAGACUGAUGGGUGGCUUCAAAAAGGGUUCUGUGCCUAUCCAAAAUCUCUCAGCAACGACAAACAAACCAAACAUGGCUCUGAACAAGGAAGGGCAGGAGAAGUUGCAGCAGGCUCUGAAGAUGGAGUUUGAUAAAGCAAUGGAUUUGAAGCAACACAGAGGAAUAGGUCUUGGAUUUCAACCUACUGCCAACAAAAAAGUAUACAUAGACAAAUAUACAUCUAAAUCUAUAAAAUUUGAAGAUUAAAACUCUGAAGUAAUAAAAAGAGUGGAAUUUCUUUUCAUUUUCAACAUCUUUUUACUUGAAAUAAAGUAACAAAAUGCUGAAGAAAUUUCAUUUAUGAGAUGCUUGAAGUACAAGUUUUGAGCUGCACAGACCUCUGGAGCUGCUCCUGACUUCACCUGAACUGUAAAUCUUUGAAACCUUUCCCAUGUUUGUUCUCCAAGGCACGGGACAGYCUCCUCCAAAG